UCGCAUUCUAACAAUUCAUAGCUUUCCUAAUGAGAUAUCUGAAGAACUGCUAUAAAGUCAUAUCGAAGAGUUAUGUUUCAAUCAACCAAAUGAUGGUCCCAAAAGCAUAUCAGUUAACAGUUUUGGAUAUGUGGCAUCGAUUGUUAGGAACAAGAUGCUGGACAUCGAAACAACUAAGACAGUUGAAUACGCAAGUUUCUUAUUCUUCGAUAAAACAGGAACAAAAUAGACUUUGUUUGAGGAAGCAAUGUUCUGACUUGUCUUACAUAGCAAGACAUAAGCUGUUGCAACCAGCAAGGAGUUUUACCGAAGGAUGGAGAAAAGGCUCAUUGUUUGAAAGGUCAACAACAACAACAACGAUUCAGUGGAUGUCUUUAAGAACCUCUGCACAACAAACUUUCAAUUUGUUCAAAAAUAACACUUGGAAUACAACUCCAAGGAAAUAUCCUCGGUGUACCUAUCGUCCUUGUACUACAGUCCCAGCAAAAGAAGAGUCAAAACAAGAAGAAAGCCAGCAACAUAAAACAAAGGAACCGCAGUUUUUGAUAUAUGAUGCUAAAAAGGGUUGGCAUUUCUUCUUCCUUACUUUUUUGUCCAGCUCACAACUAGGAAUUUGGCUGGCAGAAAAGUUGGAAGGAACCAAAAGGAAAGAUGACAACCCUUCUCUUCUCGCACGAAAUAUAUCGGGAAUUGCAUCAGUUGUAGGUUUGGUCUGUCUUUUCUUGGUGUUUUGGUAUUCUCGAAACUUUAUAAGUGAAAUGUGGAUUGUAGGUCACAGUGCGCAAAAGUUGAUUAUAAGGACAUAUACUAUCAUUGGGACCAAAACUGCUCCUAGACAUUUGCUUACCAAGACGGUUGUAAAAGGCAAAUCUAAGAAGAAUUCAAACUUUGUGGGAAUAAAAGUGAAAGGAGCAAAGUUUAGUUAUAUAUUAGAUAAAGGAGGUCGAUUCAUUGCAAAUGAAGAACUAAUCAAUAGUUUUGAAAACGGAGCAUCUGCUGUGUUUGUGGCAUGGGGUCGAGUAUAUCCAACAUUAAAACACACUGCAACCUGAAUUGUUAUGUUAUAGCUUGAUUCAGAAGGAACGAGUUGCCUGUAACUUUGUAGGUUGUUGGUAGUGAUUGAUUCGCAGAUAACCAAAAAAUAAAAAGAGAUUUCCUCCA